AUGAAUUCGAGUAAAUCAAAAUCGUACAAUUCCAGUUUACAAACGGAAUUUAAAGAAAACAAAGAAAAUAUAACAAUCAUUUAUUUUGAUUUAAAAUUAGGCAAAAAAUCUAUGAAACGAAUAAAUAUGCUUCGAAAAAUAAAUGAUUAUGUACUUAUGUAUACAAACCUUGAUGAAUGUAUUGCUCACAUAGAAACAAUUAAAAAAGAGAAAAUUAUUUUUGUUACUUCUGGGAAGAACGUGGUUAAUAUUAUGUCUCGUAUAGAAAAUAUUCGGCAGAUCGAUGGUGUAUUAAUUUUUUCUGGUAAAAUCAAUAAAUAUAAUCAAUUUAAAGAGAAAAUUACUGGUAUUUUUAAUAAUACAAAUGAAAUGAUCAAUGCAAUACGUAAACAUAUAAAAAUAAUCCAAGAACAACUUAAAACCUUUAGCUUUUAUCGUCGUCAUCAACGUUAUAUUCGUAAUUUAACUAAUAGUUCACCUGAUUUUCUUUGGUUUCACGUUUUCAAAGAUGUUCUUAUUCGAUUACCACAUGAUGAGCAAGCUAAACAAGAAAUGCUUAAUGUAUCACGACAUUAUUAUCGAAAUAAUAGUCAAGAAUUAAAACGUAUUAACGAAUUUGAACGAGUUUACGAAUCAAAAGAUGCGAUUAAAUGGUAUACAAAAAAUUCAUUUGUCUAUCGUCUGAUUAAUAAAGCAUUACGAACAGAAGAUGUCGAACAAAUGUAUACAUAUCGAUAUUUUAUUCAAGACUUGUAUUCAGCACUCUCUCUUGAACACCAGAUUUUUAAAGAAUAUGCUGAAAUAGUGACGGUUUAUCGCGGUCUUCGAUUAACUCAAACUGAAUUUGAUGAAUUAACUAAAGAUGAACAACAAUUAAUAUCAAUGAAUGGUUAUCUAUCGACAAGUUUCACUCGUACAGUAGCUGAAAUGUAUGCAGGGGAACCAAAAACAGUUUCAGAUAAAUUAUCAGUUUUACUUGAAAUUGAAUGUGAUGUGGACAAAUUAGGUGAUAGUGUGAUUUUUGCUUGUAUUACAUCAGAAAGUAGUUUUCGAAAUGAAAAUGAAGUUCUUUUUGAUACAGGUGCAACAUUUCAAUUAGCAGCGACACCAAAACAAAAUGAUAAUGGCGUAUGGCAUUUGAAAAUGACUGCAACAGAUGAAGGUCGAUCACUUGUACGGAAAUAUAUCGAUGAUCAUCUUGAAUUUAGUACAGGUACGAGCGCAAAAAUUAUGUAUGGUGUUUUGUUGAACAAUAUUGGGAAAUAUGAAUCAUCGUUAUCAUAUUUUAAUAAACUUCUGUUGAGUCCUGAAGGGGAAGACCAAGCUUUAAUUCACGUACAUAUAGCAAGUGCAUUGGCAAUGCAAGAUGAUAAGAUUAAUGAAUGGAAACAUUAUGAAAAUGCUUAUAAAAUACUAACUGAAGCAGAACCAAGACGUAUUGAAGAUGAAGCUCGUCUUCUCAUUUAUAUGGGUAUUUUUUGUUCGGAUAAAAAUGAUAAUGAUCAAGCACUUGAAUAUUUAAAGCGUGCGCUUCAUCUAUUUGAACAAGUGUAUGAUAAUACAAAUGGUGAAAUAGCUAGAGCUCUACUCUGUAUCGGAAGAUGUUACGAACAUAAGGGUGAUUAUGAUCGAGCUCUAGAAUUUGACACUCGAGCAUUAAAAAUACAUGAACAAUGUGCAAAUCCAAAUCAUCUUAUACAAUGUCAUGUACUUCUUGCAAUUGGUAAUACUUAUCAAUUACAGUGCAAAUAUAAUGAAGCAAUAACUCAAUUUCAACGAGCAUUAGAAUUAAGAACUCGAACGUUACCUAAAUAUCAUCCCGAGAUUGCUGAUUGUUUAUCAUUGAUAGGAAAAACUUUAGGUGAUAUGGACAAUCCGAGUGAAUCAGUUAUCUAUUCAAUGCGUGCAUUCUAUAUGUACAGUAAAACGUUACCAGAGACAGAGUUAAAUGAAAAAAGUUCAGUAUUAGUCGAUAUUGGUGUAGCAUUUUCUAGUGUUGGUGCCGAUCAACUUAGUAUUGAAUAUUUGUAUCGUGCAUUAAAAAUGAAAAAAAAAUGUUUACCAUACAAUCAUCCGGAUUUUGCUGCUAUAUUUGAUAAUAUAGCUCUCAAUUAUACUAACUUGAAUAAACAUUUAUUAGGAUUAAGAUAUUCAUUAAAAGCAUGUCGUUUACGAAAACAAAUACACCAAUCAAGGCAUCCAGAUAUGGCUGGAUCAUUAAAAGCAUUAGCGUCAAAUGAUGUCUACCGAUGUAAUAUUGAUGUUUUCAGAUUUUUUCGAUAUUCAGAAGCAUCUGGUUCAAUUCUUCAUAAUACCUUUGAUAACCUUUAA